AUGGGCGACUACAGCAACAUUUCGUACUCUACUAAUUGGUAUCUAGUCUUUAAACUAAAUCCUGGUCCUACUCGAAGCAAAAUUUCACCCAUUGCAUCCGUGCGUCAUAGCUAUAGGCGUCUCAGGCCAACAACAUCUCGCGAUGCGGAGCAACCGUCACGCCUUUCGUCGCGUAACACUAAUAAUUUAAUCACUGUGAAUUGUUCUAAUUAUCUGAAUGUACAUUACCAAUCAUUAAAACUCGGUGUAUUAAAUGCUCGUUCAGUAAGAAAUGACAUUUUGAACUACAUCUGUGAAUGCAAGCUGGAUGUUGUUGGUAUAACCGAGUCCUGGCUGAGCUAUGAUGACGCAGCUGUCCGAACAGAAUUAUGUCCUGAUGGCUACAAAUUUCUGAAUCACCCACGCGACGGACUGCGCGGUGGCGGGACUGGUCUAAUAUAUCGAGACUUGUGUGCAAAAAAGUUAGAUGCAGGAAUAAAACGUUCGUUUGAAUUUUCUGAAUGGUCUGUUACAACAUCCAGUCACAAACUCCGCAUCGUUGUGCUUUAUCGUCCACCGUACUCUAGUGAGCAUAACGUGCCCAUGAGAGUCUUUUCCAAUGAAUUUUCGAACUAUCUAGAGUCUCUUCUGUUGUCUAAGGAGCCUCUUUUGAUCUUUGGUGAUUUCAACAUACACAUUGAUGAUGCUGUAGAUACCGAUUCUUUUAAAUAUCAGGAUUGGCUUGAGUCGGUUGGUCUCCGGCAACAUGUUACCCAAGCCACACAUACCCAUGGCCAUAACCUUGAUCUUAUAAUAUAA